AUGCGACAAAAUCAUCAUCGGCAAGCAACUUGUUCUAUUAUUGGAGAGCACUUAAAAGUGAGAUAUGAAGGUGGGAAAAAAGGACCAAAUCCAGCACCAAUAGUUAAUGAUAUGAACAAGAAUCUUGGUGUAAAGUGUAGUUAUUGGAAGGCAUGGAAGGCAAGAAAGUGGGCACAUGAACUUAUAAGGGGUUCAACGGCAAAUAGUUAUCCAAAACUCCCCGCUUACUUGUACAUGGUCCAAAAGUCUAAUCCUGGUACUUACACUAGAUUAAUUGUUGAUGAAGAACAUAAAUUCAAAUAUUUAUUUUUGUCUUUGGGAGUAUCCAUUAGAGGUUUUUGUUAUAUGAGAAAAUUUAUAUCUAUUGAUGGAACUCAUUUGAAAAACCUAUUUGGAGGAAAUUUACUCAUUCCAACUGCACAAGAUGAAAAUUUUCAAAUUUAUCCUCUUGCUUUUCAUUUUUUUGAUUCUGAGAAUGAUGCAUCUUUGAAUUGGUUUUUGACAUGCUUACAACAUCAAGUACCGGAUAGACACAAAAGCAUCAUAAAGGGAGUUCGAAAUGUAUAUAAAAAUGCUUACCAUGGAGCUUGUAUGUGGCAUCUUGGACAGGAUAUCAAGACAAAAUUUAGUGGUAAAGGUUUGAAAAAGUUGUUUGAGAAGACGGCAAAAGAGUCCAAAGUUUCAGAGUUGAAAAAGUUAUUUGCUGAGAUUUCUACAAAAAAACCAAGUGUGGCAACAUACCUGAAGAAUGAAUCUUUUGAAAGUUGGUCCAGAUGUCAUUUCCAUUGUAAUCGAUACACCAUCAUGACCACCAACAAUUCUGAGUCAUUGAACCAAGUUUUUAGAGAAGCUCGAGAAUGGCCCAUCAUUCUUUUAUUGGAGGAAAUUAUCACUACACUCUCCAGAUGGUUCUAUGAUAGAAGGAAAAAUGCAAAUUCUUGUCCAACACCACUUAUAGUUGACACAGAAGAUAUAAUGAGACAAAGAUACGAACAAUCAAGGUACAUGAGAGUUACACCCAUUAAUCUAAGUGAGUUCCAUGUUAAAGGUGAGCCACUAGAUGGUAUAGUUAAUAUUGAGGAACAUUCUUGUACAUGUGGAGAGUUCGACAUUGAUAAGAUUCUGUGUGUUCAUGGCGUUGCUGCAGUAAUGUAUCAUGGAGUAGAUGUUUAUAAUCUAUGA